CGCCUUCCGCCUCUGGGCAAGGGUCGAGCAUCGCUCCGAGGGCUAGAGACGAAGUGUCUCCCAUCAGGAAGAAGGCGGAGCGCCUCUCAUAGGAUGAAAGACUAAGGCGCUUCCCAGGAAGCCGAGGAGCGAUGCGCUUCCAAAGAAGCCAAGGGAGCAACGCCCUUCCCAGGAAGCCAAAGGAGCAAUGCGCUUCCCAGAAAGCGGAGGAGCGAUGCACUUCCCAAGAAGCCGAAGGCGCGAUGCGCUUCCGAGGAAGCCAAGGGAGCAACGCGCUUCAUAGGAAGCGAAGGAGCGAUACGCUUCCCGGGAAGCCGAGGAGCGACGCACUUCACAGGAAGCCGAGGAGCGAUGCGCUUCACAGGAAGCCAAGGAGCGAUGCGCUUCUCAGAAAGCCAAGGGAGCAAAGUGCUUCCCAGAAAGCGGAGGAGCGAUGCACUUCCCAAGAAGCGGAAGGCGCGAUGCGCUUCCGAGGAAGCCAAGGGAGCAACGCGCUUCACAGGAAGCAAAGGAGCGAUACGCUUCCCAGGAAGCCGAGGAGCGACGCACUUCAAAGGAAGCCGAGGAGCAAUGCGCUUCACAGGAAGCCGGGAACAAAGCACUUCCAAGGAAGCGGAGGAGUGAUGCACUUCUCAAGAAGCCGAAGGCGCGAGGCGCUUCCCAGGAAGCCGAGGAGCGAUACGCUUCUCAGGAAGCCGAGGGAGCGAUGCGCUUCUCAGGAAGCCGAAGGCGCGAGGCGCUUCCCAGGAAGCCGAAGGAGAAGCACACCCCAGGAAGCCGAAGAAGCACUAAGCUUUCCAGAAAGCUGAAAGACUAAUGAGCUUCUCAA